CGGCUGCGCGACGUGCUGGAGCGCCGCAUGCUUGUGCUCGGCCGCUGCGGCCACGUGGUGAUGGACGAGGCCGACCGCAUGAUCGACAUGGGCUUCGAAGACGACGUCAACUUCAUCCUCGACGCGCUGCCGCCGCGCAGCGAGCGCCCGCGCCAGACAACCAUGUUCUCGGCGACGAUGCCGCCGCCGGUCGAGCGCCUGGCGCGCAAGUACCUGGCGUCGCCGGCCACCGUCACCAUUGGCACGGCCGGCCAGGCCGUUGACUCGGUGGAGCAGCGCGUCGAGUUUGUCGCCGGUGAGGACCGCCGCAAGGCGCGGCUUCUCGCCCUGCUGGCGCAGCACGCCGGCAAGGCCAUUGUGUUUGUCAACCAGAAGAAGAGCGCCGAUCUCCUGGCGUCUGCGCUGCAGCGGUCGCGGCGCUCGGUGGUGGCUUUGCACGGCGGCAAGACGCAGGAGCAGCGGGAGCAUGCGCUGGCGCGGCUCAAGUCCGGCGACGCCGAUGUGCUGGUGGCGACGGACGUGGCCGGCCGAGGAAUCGACGUCAAGGACGUGGCCUUGGUUGUUAAUUUCGACAUGUCGAAGGACAUCGAGGCGUACACGCAUCGUGUUGGGCGCACGGGGAGGGCCGGGAAGCGUGGGCUGGCCGUGACCUUUGUGAGUGCUGCGGAGGACGCCGCGGUGCUGUACGACUUGCGCAGGAUGCUGGUCGCGUCGCCGCUGUCGCGCUGCCCGCCGGAGCUGGCGAACCUCGAGGCUGCGCAGGCGCCGCCGGGCCUGAUGAAGGGCGCGGCGCGGAAGAUGCGGUGAAAGGGGGGGCGGCCGGCUGCGUAUGGGACAACAGAAAAGGGGUGGCUGGCUGCGUAUGGAACAGCAGAAAAGGGGCGGCCGGCUGCGUAUGGAACAGCAGAAAAUCGGCGGCCUUUUUUAUUUGUUGAUGGGAUUGUCGCAAAUCAUGUGCUUGUAAAUUGCGCUAUGCAGCACCCAGAAGAAGGAGGUGUGAUGCGGCGUGGGCUUUUCUCUCGCCCUCUUUCCCUCCUUUCUUCUUUCCUUCUCUCUUCAG